UCAUGCUGCUGCCAAGUCCAGAGUCUGUCAUGGGUCCCUGUACGGCCUCCCAUUGCUGCUGUCUCCAUCGCCACACUCUGCCAUGUGCCACUUUCAGGUCUCCUCACACUGCUGGUGUGUUGAAUUUUUUGACAUAGGGUGCUGGCAGAUUACGGGCCUCCUAUAGCUGCUGCCAGGCCCCUAAUCUGCCAUGGGCCCCUAUAUACCGCCUCCUCAUGCUGCUGCCAAGUUCAGAGUCUGUCAUGGGUCCCUGUACGGCCUCCCAUUGCUGCUGUCUCCAUCGCCACACUCUGCCAUGUGCCA